AACUCUCCUUCUGUUUCAGAACCCACACGCGGAACCAUGUCCGACAACCAGCCAGCCGACGCUUCAGGAGGCAAUCCCAACCGUCGUAGUCUCAAAGACAAGAUUGCUCAUCCUUUUCCCGAAUUGCGCGAGAAGCUCAAAGACACCCAUCUCUACGACGUCAAAAUCAAGGCCUACCAUGCCAAAAACAAGGCAGGUAAAUUCAAAAACCUCUUCAACAGCAACCAUCGCCACGACGAGGAGCACGAGCAAAAGACCGACGAGAAGCGCAGUCGCGUUUGCGAAAGCCACCGCUUCAACAGCUUCGCCCCGGAGAGGGAUGGAAACCUGGUCAAAUGGUACAUUGACGGCAGAGAUUACUUUUGGGCGGUUGCCGAGGCAUUGAAAAAUGCCAAAGAGACCAUCUACAUCGAGGAUUGGUGGUUGAGUCCUGAGUUGUUUCUGAAGAGGCCGCCAUUCUACAACCAGGAUUGUAGGUUGGAUCAGCUAAUCAAGAAGAAGGCCCAAGAGGGCGUCAAGAUUUACAUUGUGGUAUACAAGGAGGUGUCAGCAGCUCUCACUUGUAACAGCCAGCAUACCAAGAGGCAUAUGAUGGGUCUCAUCAAGGAAGGCGAGCCCGGCUACGGCAACAUAAAGGUGAUGCGACAUCCCGACCACAAUGUUCUGGAAAAUGCCUCGGACAUGACCUUCUACUGGGCCCAUCACGAAAAAUUCAUCGUAAUUGACUAUGCACUUGCCUUUAUCGGUGGGCUGGAUCUUUGCUAUGGCCGUUGGGACAAUCACCAACAUCCCCUGGCCGACGUUCAUCCAUCGGGUGUUCAGAACGAGAUUUUCCCUGGACAGGAUUUCAACAACAACCGCAUCAUGGACUUCCAGAGCGUGGAGGAUUGGAAAUCAAAUCAACUCAGCAAAGCCGAAUUUGGUCGCAUGCCAUGGCAUGAUGUCGCCAUGGGUGUCAUUGGGCCUUGCGUGUACGAUAUUGCAGAGCAUUUUGUUCUUCGCUGGAAUUUCUGCAAGCGCGACAAAUACAAGCGCGACGAUAGAUACCCAUGGUUAACGCUAGAAGGGCGAACAGGCGAUGACGAAGACCUUGUAGGCGUUCAGCGGCCCAAGUUUCCAGUGGGAGGAUACGUGCAUCAUCCCCUCAACCCCUUAUCCACGAAGAACCUCGACAACCGCGGCACCGUACACGCUCAACUGGUACGAAGUAGCGCUGAUUGGAGUUCUGGUAUUCUCCCCGCAGAGCACAGCAUCCAGAAUGCUUAUUGCGAUCUUAUCCGGAAUGCGAAGCACUACGUUUACAUUGAGAAUCAAUUCUUCAUAACAGCCACGGGCGAGGAUCAGUAUCCUAUACAUAACCAGAUUGGACGUGCUAUCGUAGAUGCUGUUCUCAAAGCCGCUAGCGAGGGACGCAAGUUCCGAGUCAUUAUCCUCAUCCCAGCCAUUCCUGGCUUUGCUGGUGAUUUGAGACAAGAAGCAGCUGCGGGCACUCGCGCCAUCAUGGACUAUCAAUUCAAGAGUAUAUGCCGCGGGGAGAACAGCAUUUUUGGACAGAUCGAAAAGCAAGGCGUCAAUCCCCAGGAUUACAUUUUCUGCUUCAAUUUGCGCUCCUACGACCGACUGAACAACAAUGCCCACCUCAAGGAACAGGAAAAGAGGUCCGGCAUGACGUACAAAGAGCUCCAACAGACAGAAAUCGAGGCGCUGGAAGCCCCUCUCGACGACGGUGACGAAGCCCGUAAACACGCCGAGGAAAUGCGUCGCAAGUUCGCUGGCGAUGAACAGGACGUUGGGUUAGGCGACCAGGGUGGUGUUAUAGACCCUGACUCCAUCGCUGACGAUGCAAUGCUCACGGACAAGAAACCUAGCACUGAGGAAUGGAUCGGUGAACCAGAGGACGAAAAGGACAACUUUUUCCAGGAAGAGCUAUAUAUUCACGCCAAAGUCUGCAUCGUGGACGACGAGUAUGUGCUCUGCGGCUCCUCCAACAUCAACGACCGCUCGCAACUGGGCUACCACGACUCGGAACUUACCAUCGUUCUCAACGACACCGACAAGGUCGAAACUGAAAUGGAUGGCAAGCCUUACCGCGCCUCGCGUUUGGCACACGACCUCCGCAGCAUGCUCUGGCGCGAACACCUUGGUCUCCUCCCCCCACAAACUCUCGACGCAUCAGACGACCCGAACGCCCAGCCCCCCUCGGAAUCAUCCCCCAACAGGACCUCUCCCGGCCCGGAAGCUGACUUCGUCAGUGACCCACUCUCCGAGAAGCUGUGGUCGACAUGGUGCGAGCGCGCCACGACCAACACGAACGUUUUCCGCGAUCUUUUCCACGCCGAUCCCGACGAUGCCAUCCUGACAUUCGAAGACUACGACCACUUCACGCCCAACCCAAACAACGAGAAGGAGCACAAGCAAGGCCAUUUGUGGGCGAAAGAGCUGUCUGCUGCUGAGGUCCGCGCUCAACUGGAUAGGAUCAAGGGCCAUCUUGUGUGGAUGUCAUUGAAAUUUCUGCAAGACGCUGAGAUGGCGGAGAAGGGGCUGCAAGUCAAUGCGUAUACCGAGAGUAUAUUCACGUAG